AUGUUGUCGACCCUACUUAUGAAUAUAGAGAAGAAAAUGGCGGCCGCCAAAAGAGGAACCGCAAAUGCUCAGUUCCCUAAGCUAAUCUUGGCUGAAAGUAUGAAGAAGCCACUGAGCGCGGAAAGAAUGACCAAGAAAGUUGUUAGAACUCUUCUAAACACUGAAACAGUGGGGUCUGCGAUCGUCAAUCCCCACACAAGCAUCAAAUUCUUGGAAGGUGUCGACACAAUCAUAUUCCACACUGAGCUCUCACCCGCAAUCCAGCUGCGAUGUCGAUGGAUGUUAGCUGCUCCCAUUCCUGGCCACGGUCUUCAAUUUCUGAGACACUAUGCCUUUUUCGGAAAGGCCGAGGGCGUUGGUCUUCUUCCGCACCAAUUCUCGUCACUAAAGGAAAGAAACGUGGCCGUGGACAAGCUUCGCGCUGAGGCUAACGAACUCUGUUCUAAAAUUGAGCUAUGUCCUCAUGAUCUCAAUCCUAGAGUUUUGGACCAUUGCGAAGUCCAUGUUACAGGUCAGGGUUGGGGUGCAGUCUCAGACAAAGAGCUGUUGCAGCAUCUAUUGGACGAAGCUGCCAAAAUUUGGCAUGAUGUUGUUGGCGCCGUGGAUAUCAGCGCCUCUUGCAAGGAAAGAAUGCAAACUCUUGCCGAAAGAAAUGAUAUCAGCAACACGAAGAUUCAGCUAGAGGGCAAACUGGGAAAGUUCGAAGAGCUCAAACUUCUCGAAGAACAAUCUAAGGACGAGCGCCCUUGGCGGGAGCGAUUCGAGUCACGAGUUCAGAGGUGGACGAGUGAAUUCCCGGAUGAGUUCGUCUCAAUGGAGGUCCCUGUCACGCAUAUCCCCGAUGAGUUCCUAACCGAAAUCCCCGAUAUACACUUCAAAAAGCCCACUCGCUUAACCUCUCCCUGGUCCCCUGAUUGGUCAACGCAAGUAGAAGAAGCGUUUGAUUCUGCGUUGCAGCUCGGCGAGGAAGCCUUCAAAGCAUUCGAGGUGAUCGUUGAUGAGGACUUGGGGGAUCUACGGGAGACGCAAGCAUCGGCCGUCAACUCCGACUCCCUCGAAGAGACGACUAAAAGAAAAAUCCGUUCGCCGUCGACUGAAAAGCCAGCAGACCCAAAAGUGACAAUAAUCAAGAUGGCCGACCCUGGAAUGGAAGGCGUAAAAUUCGAACUCGAUCUCAAAGUGCCAUUCUCAGAAGCGGCUCAGGUAUGGCUUAAUUGCAAAGGUAUUGAGACCACAAGAUUCUUGCCACGCGGCACUUUGCAACCUAAGGGUGAGUUGAAAGUCAAUCAGCUCAUAAGAGGGUUUGGCAAUGGUCUCCAUCCAACGAACUAUCUCGAGAUGGAGACUGUAGUCUACCGUGGAAGAAAGGCGAUGGAUCUUAGCAUAUUCCAUGAUGUGUUGCUGAAGCCUGACUCCCUUCUGGCGGAAUGGUGGCCUCCAGUGGCAGAAUCAGGUAUGGUUGUGCCUCUCCUGACCUCCCGUUCGUGGGCCCAGACCGUAGCCGCAACAAAGUUGGAACUACCACGAAUUGUCACCUCAGAUAAGGUAGUCGAAACGCAGCAGCCUGUCGAAACGCAGCAGCCUAAGGUUAUAAACUCUUAUGCCAUGGCUGCAGCAGCUAAACCUCAGCCAUCUCAAGCAGUUGGCGAACCGGUAGCCAAGAAGACUGCUACUGCUACCUCUAACAGCAAGAGUACCAAAGAGGCAAAUUCGGUGCCUAAAAUUGUACCACCUGAAGAGCAAGAAUGGACAACAGUAACGCGUAAGAAGACACGACGAGCAGCUUCGCGGGUGCAGAAAGAGUUGCCCCAGGAUUUACGUGGCUCGGUGCAAGUGGAACCGGUGCACGUGGAGCCGGAAUGGGAAGUAGUAACGAGGAAGAAGGCACGACGGGGAGCUUUACGAGCGCAAACAGCGUUGGCUGAAGAGCAGAUUGGAAUUUAA